UACUGGUUGGUGGUUGGGGGUGGUCUCCUCUAUAUGAUGCUCAGCACGGCUCAAUCCUUGGUCAGAGCUUUUUUGGACAACUCGUUAUCGUUUUCCAUCGAUACGGCCUAUUUGCACUGGAACACAACCUUUCCAGCCGUGAGUGUUUGCCAAAUUCUGAACGAUGAAACGAUGGCCGAAAUGCUGGAAAACAACCUCGGCCCCGACCGCCCCCACCGCCUGGACAACGUAAUCAGUGAAAUUGCGUUCUACGGUGGCACGUGUCACUCGUGCGAGGAUUGCGCCCGGGGAUUACCACCGACGACCACCUGUCCGGCCAACUUCACCGCCCUGACCAGCGUCUACCGCCUCGGCUGUCCCGCCCUCCUCACCGACUGCACCUGGCUGGGACAAAGUUUCGACUGUUGCGAGCUGUUUCGCCCCCUCGCUACCGAGUUUGGCCGCUGCUUCAGCGUCAACUCCCUGAACGCCGGUCCGACGACUCCGCUGAUGGUCAACCACCACACGGGACCGGGUUCGCUGCGAUUCCGAGCCCGCGAAGAUCUCCAACUGUUUCUGCACGACCCGUACUCGGUUCCGUUUGCCUACACCGACCGCGUCCUCAAGGAGACCGUCCUCUGGGGAAUGCACAAGGAGAUUAUCGUCAAAGUGGUCGAGAUGGAGAAUGGGGCCAGCUUGGGGGAAAUUCCGAUUGCGCGCCGAAACUGUCGGUUUCCGUGGGAGGUGAUGGACUCAGGGACCCAAUUGUACGCCAGUUACAGCUUUUCCUCCUGUGCCGUGGAGUGCUUUAUGGCGUCACAAGUUGAGUUCUGUAACUGCUCGCACCACCUGAUGCCGAAGCGGUUGAACGCCCGUUCAGGUGAAAAUAUUUGCAACUUUGACGGGUUAACCUGUAUGACCGAGCAUUCAGUGAACAUAUCGCAGCACAGAAAAUUGUGCCCCUGUCUGUCGUCCUGCAUCGAACCGGAGUACUCGGUGGUUUUCAGCUCUGAGAGUGACCAGGAAGAGGACGACUUUGUAACGGUUCGGAUGCUGGAUCUACCCAACAGCAAGUUUCUCCGCCACGUGGCCAGGACGGAGCUUGAUCUUUUCAUUUCCCUGGGCAGCCUCGUGGGACUGUUUUUCGGGGCGUCUCUGCUGUCGAUCGCAAACGUGGCCUUCCUUGGCUUUUACCGUUUCCGCACGGGUGCCGCCAAUAAAGCGCGACCUGAAUGAGCCGAACUCAAUUAAGAACGCUUCAAGUGGCGGUGAAAUUUGCUUAUUUAUUGCUGCAAACCUCCCCGUAGACGUCAACGAUAUCUCAUUAUCGACGAAUAUUAUGCCAAUAGAAAAUAAGUGUAAAUAACUACCCCCGGGGAGCGGGUGGUGAAAAUGAUGCCCUUGUUAAAAACUUGCAAAUCUGGUUUUCCGGGAAUAAUGGGGAAGCUCUAUUUCUUGCUCUGGCCCUUGCCUUCGAAGGGCCUCAGAAGUUUACAGCGAUAAAUUUCCCUUCUUGAUUUUACACGUGGUUCUGAUGAUAAAGAAGCUGCAACAUUGUAAUGGUGCUUGUCAGCGUGGCGGGCUGAGCUGUGUUGGGGUGAAGUUUGUGAAAAGAAAGCUUCUUUCGAAGCUAACUUAAAUUGUGUGCGCUUUUGUUUGCUGAAACGGGGAUCUUUCCUUUUACAAGAUGUUCUUUCGAAGCAGCUCUCUUGUAUUUGGCUUGCUGGGAAUCUUUAAAGUUUUGCUAGUAA